GGUCAAUUAGUUUACAGUUAAAGGCAGUUAAAAGUUAUUACAGCAGUUAUCAUUGUAGUAAAAACAGGGGAGCUGAGAAAUUUUUAGACCUGACAGCGAAUUAUAAUUAUAUAUGAACAGAACACAACAGCAGAGAUCAGACCAAGGCACAGUAAAGAGACAACAUAAUGGUCAGGUCAUAAAUAAGGUGUUGAUUUCAGCUAUUUACAUAGUGGUAAAGCAAAAAUAUAGCGAGUGCACCAGGGCACACAAGAUUGUAUUGAUGAAUAAUCAGCAACGCUCAAAUGCAGAAGAUGAGUGUUUUUUAAAGGACUCUACAAUACACAAUCAAAAACAAGUUGCCAUGCAGUCUGUAGCAACCAUCACUGACAUUAAAGGACUAGCUCAUAGCCAUGCCCCUGAAUUCAGCAGGAGACACCCAGCCAUCCCCAAGCGUUAUGUUCUGCCCUGGAAACAAGACAUGGUCAACAGGAAGCUCAUCAUACAGCAUGCAGCUCUGGCUGGGGUGUACAGAGGUCCCCAGGAGGAGAGUUUGUUUCUGGAGAACAAAGAAAGGCUGUGCCAUGGAGAAGAGUAUCAGUUCAUCAUGGAGAAGAUGAAAACCCCAUCAGAGAAGCAGAUAACAGAUAUCCCAAUGCACUCUCCUCUGUCCAGAUACAAGAGUUACAUCAUUAACCAGAAAAGCAGAAUGCUAUGACCAUACUACUGGUGACAGUAUGACUUCCUGCUGUCUGCCACAGAGGCUCUUGCCGCUGCUAGACAAUACAACCCCCUACAAUCCUUUUGUUAAGUACUGUGUAGCAAUCAGCAUGAUUCAUUGUGUGUGUUCACAUAAUGACAGUUACUGUUCUUUGGUUUAAAAGAAUAAAGAAUCCUAAAUUGUU